AUGAAUAUGACUGUCACAGCCUGGGAGACCAAUCUCACAACAACAUAUGGAAGUCUUCAGGCCGUUCAUCAACAUUAUACAGAGUUCAUAAUCCUGCAAAUACUGACAGUCAUCGUGGCCCUGGUGGGGCUGGCAGGGAAUGCGGUGGUGAUCUGGCUGCUGGGCUUCCGCAUGCGCAGAAACGCCUUCACAGUCUACAUCCUCAACCUGGCCGGGGCCGACUUCCUCUUCCUCUGCUACCGAUUUACACGUAGUCUAGUUUUACUUUUUGACUUCGGUUUUGUCAUUGGAAUAAUUAGCCGAUUUCUCUUGCCUGUGUCAAUCUUUGCCUACAUCUCAGGUCUGAGUUUUCUCAGCGCCAUCAGCACGGAGCGCUGCAUGUCUGUCCUGUGGCCCAUCUGGUACCGCUGCCACCGCCCUACUCACAUGUCCUCUAUCAUGUGUGCCCUGCUCUGGGCCCUGUCCCUGCUGAUGAGCAUGUUAGAAGGGAACUACUGUGGCUCCCAGAGUUCUAAUGUGUGUCUUGUUUGGUGUCAAGUAUUGGAUUUCAUCACUGUGGCAUGGCUGAUUUUGUUAUUUGUGCUUCUCUCUGGCUCCAGCCUGGCCCUGAUGACCAGACUGUUAUGUGGCUCCCAACGGGUGCUGCCGACCAGGCUCUACAUGACCAUCAUGAUCACGGUAUUGGUCUUUCUACUCUGUGGCCUGCCCUUUGGCUUCCACUGGUUCCUCAUAAUCUGGUAUCCAAAUGAAUAUCUUGCCCUCUUUCAUCUUUCCUUGACUGUAGUAUUUCUGUCCUGUGUCAACAGCUGUGCCAACCCCAUCAUUUACUUCUUCGUUGGCUCCUUUAGGCAGCAAUGGUGGAAGCAAAGACACACUAUGAGGCUGGUUCUCCAGAGGGCUCUGCAGGACACUCCUGAAGUAGAUGAAUCUGGAGAAAUCCUUCCUGGGGAAACCCUGGAAAUGUCAGGAAACAGUCUGGGGCAGUGA